GUCCCCAAUAGGACCAUGUCUACAUUUGCUGGUUCAGCAAUUGCACAGGGACCAAGUGAUGGCCGAAUUGAUAAGUGGACAGAGUGGAAUCCGGCAAGAGAGGAACCACUUUGGCUUCUUCUCUCGGGAGCUAUGGAUCCGCCACGAGACAUAGGAAUUUCUAAGAGAAGAAGUCGGGAUGCACAAGGGGGUAGGAAUGGAACAUUUCUUGCUGGUGUGACUCCUGAUUUAGGCAACAUGGAAAAAGUGGUUGGAACAAAGUUGUUCAACACUGUUAAAGAUUUAUAUUUAACCAAAGGCGCAGCUCUCAGACAUAUUGGCAGGUUUUUUGAAAAAUGCAAGCUUGAAAAGGCCCAUCCUAUGCUGUACUAUUCUGGGCACGGCGAGAUUGGUACUGGAAACUGGUGCUUUGAUGAUGGGACAAUCAGUAUCCAAGAAAUUUUUGACAUGGUACCAAAAGGUUGUUAUUACCCAAUGAUCUUUAGUGAUGCCUGUUACAGUGGCCACUGGGCAAAUGUCUGUCUGAAAAAGGGUGUUGCUGGUUUCCACUGCCUAGCAGCAUGUCCGGAGUAUUCAACGGCUAUUGACACCGUCGGUAUGUAUGUUAUAGUUUCGCAUACAAUUAGCCUGUUUCAAGAGAGAAUAGCUCAUUCUCUCUAGCCUGUUUGUGUCCCCAAUUAGCAAGACCAUGCUAAAGUUACACAACACUUGAAUAAAAUUUAUUAUUAUUAUGCUAUUAUUAUUAUUAUUAUUAUUAUUAGUAGUAGUAGUAGUAGUAGUAGUAAUGGUAACAGGACUGAGUGGAGUCCAAUUCGGUCUGUAAUCAUACGAGUGAUUAACAAAAUCGGACGACCGCAUAGCGGGAGUCCGAUUUGUUUAAUCACGAGUAUGAUUACAGACCGAAUUGGACGACACGAAGUUCUGUUACCAAUUAAUCAUAGCUUUAACAAAAUUUGUGAUAUAUAGGGCUCUUUUUAAAUCAAAACACUAGAAAUUCCAAGAUUUUUUCGCUAGCAAGGAAAAAAAAGCCAUUUAAGCGCGCGCGUGAUGGCGCGUACUGUCCAAUUACUUAGGCAUGACGCGUACUGUUCUAUUAAACUGUCCUAUUAAGGCUGAAAUCAGGGCAGUUGAGAACCAAUCAGAUUUGAGGAUUUUGUUAUAGUUAUGAUUAUUAUUAUUAUUAUUAUUACUAUUAUUAUUGCAUGAGCUUGUAUGGCAGGAUUCUCGCUCGCCCGAUCAAAAUCUCCUUCCAGGGGCUUUCCUUUCGAACGCUUGGCAGGCUAAAAUAAUGCUUUCAUUAAUAAUUCUUAAAAUCCCUAACACAUGACUAAGCUUAUGAUUACCUGUGGAAAGAACUGUUUUCCCAAAAGCCAGAGAUGAUUUUCGUUUAUUUUUAUUUUUAUUUCUUUCCAUUUCAAGUAGAUUUUAUGAAAACGCACUUAAAACAUGGAAAGAGCUUUUAGACAAAAUACUAGAUUUAUUAAAGUGCAUGGUCAAUCUGUGCUUCAUCCAUGAGAAAUGCAAAAACAAAUUACAGGUAAUUUAGUUUGAUUUGGCAUUGGCUACUAUUCCCGCUAGUUUGAGUUAUUUGGUCAUAGUCUCGAUGCUUGUUGUUUUUUGGACCACCUUUGCCAUAAACUAGGACCAUGAUUUUUUGUUUCAUUUCGUCCCUUCCACUAUGGAGUUUUGGAAGAGCGAUUCGUGAUUCGGGUUUUAACCCAACCCUCCCUUAAUUCGCGUUAUCUAGGAAAAAACACUGAAAAAACAGUAGCCUGCAGUGCAGGCGUAUUUUUGGUGGGCGAAACCUUGCUCGUGUUCGUGAUAUUGUUGUAGCCGCCAUUUUGAUUUUAUGACAGUGGAAGAUUGGGGAGAGUAGAAAUAGUAACCCUUACGGUAGGUGCGAGGGCGAAAGAAGGAAAGUGGAAGGGGGAGGGGAGGGGCGAAAAAAAAUUUCUCGUCUCUCUGCACGCCCCCUCCCCGCUCCCUUUGACUUGCCCCAUCUACUCCUCUCUUCGGGAAGUUUCAACAUGGCGCUUUCGUGAGCAAAUUGCGCGCUCAAAGAAAACGCCCGGCCUGCAGGCUAAACAAACAAUAGCCUGAAAACUGCGGGAAAUGGUCAUAAAUUAAGUUUAGGUUACACAAAUAAUGUGUGACAAUGGCCUCCAAAAAAUAGAUUUGGUAAGAAUAACGGGAGCAGCCUUCUUGGAUAUUCAUAAGGCACAAGCAUAAUCGUGUACAUAGUUAACCAUUUGGAAAGCGCGUUUUCUCCACUUAUAUAUUCUAAUGCGCUUAACUCCAUAAACCAAUAUAUAUCUUAUUGUAAAAAAAAAAGGUUAAUUAGGGCGGUUCCGGAUUAGUGCCCACUUUUGUUAGAGUCCUUACAGGACAACAAGAAACAGUGAUACUUGAUAAACAAUCAUUUACCUGCGACAAAGAAUAUAAUUUAUUUUUUCAAGUCCCUCAAGUUUUAGCAGUUGGAACGCCACUUUUUCUGUUGAAUAAAACUUCCUAUGUUGAUAUUCUGAUAGGCUCGAUUUCCGCCGUCUCCCGGGUCCGGUCUUUGAGAGUGCGGGCUCAUUUUCCCGAACAGCGGCUGGUAAUCGAGCCUAAUAUUCUGAUGGCACCUAGAUUUGUGCACCUUCUGACAAAAAUGCCUUGGUACAGAAGCUAAGCCCAGAUCUAAAUAAUAAUCACGAAUGGCUAAAAUAUCACCUGUUAAAACAGAAAGCAUGUUUAUUGGUUCAUUCUCUGCUUAGUUGCACACUUUUGAGAAUUGUUCAGCUAAGUAAAGAAGAACAAGAGGUUGAUGACGUAUAGGAAAAUUGCGACAUUAUCUUUACUUUGUCGGACUCCACACUUUCACACCUCUGAGAAGUGUAGUACUAAGUAAAGAAUUACAAGUGGUCCCUGACGGGGAAAAGUGCGACAUAAUCUUUACUUUUUGAGACUAUUCCAACAAACCUUAUCUCCUCUAGAAGGGUAGCACUAAGGAUGAAAAAGGAAAGGAAGAAAAAUACUUGCAAGUUUUACUGAGAUAGAUUUCACAUUUCCCCGAAAGGCUAAUGUGGAUGCUGCUUGUGGAAUAGGGUCUCUUUUAUGUGCAUUCAGUAGAUACUCUUAGUAUUCUAAGUUUUUUCUUAUGCUCUAGCACAAUCAGUAAUAGGCACUUCGACUUUAAUGGAAAUCAUGAUCAGUAGGAUUUAAUCGUAAAUUCUGUUGUUCUUGAAAGCGUUGAGAAGUAAAAUUGUGAGUGUAUAUAUGUAUGUACAGGCUGUAUGUAGCAUUACUGCCGGAACGGUAAUUUAUGCACCACCAUUCAGACACGUUGGUGUUCCCGUUCGGCGACAUCUAUAUCUUGAAUUUAUUUAUGGGCAAUAAAAUGUUGCCGCGUUUUCACAUUUGUACACUUUCACACUUUUGUCGAUUCUUAAAUAUCUUGAAGGUGAAUGUGUGUUAUGUUCAAUAGCUAGUACCUUUAUUGUUCGUUAAUAUAUUCUCAUUUUAGGUUCCGGUUUUCAAAAAGGGGCUCAUCAUUACCUGCUACUUCUGAAACUGAGGCUACUUCUCUUCGGUCUGAAUGAACAAAAAUCCAGCAAUAACGCUGUUUUUUCCCUUGAAAUCCUUGAUUAACUAGAUGUAACGAAUAACACAGCAAUGGAUUGUUUGCAAGAACCGGAAACCAACGUCCAGUCUUGAUUUUUCAAUUAGGUUCCGUUGCGUCCUCAGAACGUUGCUUAUAUUCUAUCUUUCUUCUUGUCAUAUUCGUUCUAAGUGUUUGAUUUACUCUUAGAUAAAGGAGGGGAUCUAACACAGUUCAUGACUAGAGAAAAAACACGUCCAGCUACAGAGCCCAUGUUUAGUGGGGGAAAUAUUCACGACUUCAAAAUCACCAGUGGAUAUGCCACAGUCGAUUACACUGAUUUCAUCAGCUGUCAUGUUUUCAACAGUGAAAACAUUUUGAUUUCCCAGAGCAUUCACGAUGGAGCCUUCUCAGGAAUUUUUGCAAGUUCAAAACUGUACAAUCCAAGACCUGUGCCGGCUUGGGGAAUUAGAAGAAACUACGACGAUUUCCUUACAUUUGUCAAUGAGCAAUGGAAAUCAGGGGAGGAAAGAGGAAUGUCAUGUGGAAUAUAUUCUCUUACCUGUGAUGAGAAGCUAGGCUUUGGAGCAUUCUUCAUGAAAGGGUACGGCUCAGAUCAAUCAAUUGUAAGGAAAAUGACGGAAAUACAGAAAAUAUAUAACAGGGGCUUGAAGAUAACUGCAUGUGCUGCCCAAGGUUCAACAUUUUACAUCAUCAUGACAAAAAACACAAAAGAAUACCACGGAAAAGAGCAGGAGUGGUUUACCCGACAUACAUGGGAUGAGGCAAAAGAUAAGAUAAACGAGGGCUACAGAAACGGAAUGGUCCUCACAGGGAUAUGUUACUCAACUAGGCUGGAGCAGUAUUUUGUUGUCAUCACGAAGACACGACAACGCCAGACCUCCAGGUGGUUUACCAUGAAUAAAGGAAAAGACAUGGAACAAUGGGUAGACCAAAAAUAUGAGUGUGGAUUCCACCCAAGUAUUAUCUUUACGGAUCCAACUAACAAAAUGGUUUUGAUUGUGGUGACUUCGGAUCAAAACAGAUUGAAUUAUGUACUUCGGAGUAACUAUAAUUUAAGGUAG